AUGGCUUUUGCAAGACACCCCUCACUGGUCAGGACACUGCUGCUAGUGCUGAUCCUGGUGCUCUCGGCUAAGAAUUCAGCCCAUGGGAGGGCUGUACGGACUGGACCCAACAAGGAAGGAGGCACUGAUGAGAGCGUGAGCAACGGCUGCCCGCCCCAAAAGAAUUCCAGAUUCCCUCUAAGUGUGAAAGUCAACAUACACAUCAGCAGCUCCAGUCAUGCAAUCAGAAUGGCUCAUGAUGUCAGGAACCGGUCUAUAUCUCCUUGGGAUUACAGCAUUACCAAGGAUCCCAACCGGUUCCCUGAAGUGAUCGCCGAGGCCAAGUGUCGCCAUUUCAGCUGCGUGAACGCCUUGGGGCAGGAGGACUACAGCAUGAACUCCGUCCCCAUCCAGCAGGAGAUCCUCGUUCUCCGACGGGAACAGAGAGGCUGCCAGCACUCCUACCGGCUGGAGAAGCAGCUCAUCACCGUAGGCUGUACCUGCGCUGUGCCUGUUCUCCGACAUCAGUCCUAAGAGGGUCAGGAGAAGGAAGACACAUGGACAGCUUGCCAGUGUAACAAAACGACAUGUGUAACAAAUUUGUGAUUACUCUGAUCAGUCAGAUCCUCAUGAAAUUUAACCUGACUUUUCAAUACA